AUGUCAGCCGAGCAGUCUACUCCAGAGUUUACAUCUCGUUCUCGAAAUCCAGUCAACCGUCCGUCUACAACUCCUUCUCCCCUCCGAGCAUCCGACUCUCAAGCGUCUGCCCGUCCCCCCACUCCACAGUCUUCCAUCAGACCAACCCCUAUGUCAGAAUCAUUUUACAUUACCAUGCCCGAUGAAAUGGUCCGGUCCGACUCGCAGUCGUCUGUGUGGCUCGGGAACAAUACAUUCAAUUCUUUGAAUAGACGUCCCUCAAUCGCCGAGGAAGAUGUGUGUUAUCCAUUAAGAGAAGAAGGGGAUGGAAUUGAUUAUAAAGCCCUUGAACAGUAUAUCAAAGGAGAAGACGAAGAUAACGGAGAAAACCGAUGUGAGUCUGAUGAUGUGAACGAAUAUAAUGAAAAAAGUGUCAGGGAAAAGGAUAUGGCGAUAGUUGACACUUCGGGUUCGAAGGGAUUGUAUCAGUUUGACAGAAAUACCGAGGCCAGCGAUCUGAAAGAAGAAUUUCGGUAUACCUUCUACUCGUCGGCUUCCGGUACGAUACGUGCAAAGACGCUUGGAUCAUUACCACCAAAGGGUACCUCUAUUACUGACUUGCUGAAAAAAAGCACCUUCUGGAUCGAUAUUCUUUCACCCAGUGAUUCUGAAAUGCGGGAGUUGAGUAAGAUAUUUCGAAUCCACCCCUUGACUAUGGAAGAUGUUUGUGCGCAAGAAUCGCGUGAGAAAUGUGAACUAUUUCGAAAUUAUUAUUUUGUUUGCUUUAGAACAUUCGAGAUGCGAACUCAACAUGACAAUCGAUUGGAGGCUGUGAGCAUGUAUAGUAUAGUGAUGAAAGAAGGCAUAUUGACAUUUCAUUAUAGGCCUACACCACACGCUCAUAACGUCAGAAAUAGAAUAAGGGCAUUGAAAGAUUUUCUCAAUGUUACACCAGAUUGGAUAAACUAUGGAAUCAUAGAUGAUAUUACGGAUUCGUUCGCUCCAGUUAUUCUUCGUGUCGAAUCUGAAGUUGAUACCAUCGAUGACUUGGUAUUAGCUCUUACAACCAGAGACACUUCUGACAUGCUGUUAAGAAUUGGUAUUUGCAGAAAGCAUGUUAACAGCUUACUAAGAUUGAUGGGCUCAAAGAUCGAUGUCAUCAAGGGUCUCAUUAAAAGAUCGCAUGAAAGAAUGGCUGCAAAUGGUACCACGAAAGGUGGACCAACGGACGUCACUUUGUAUCUGGGCGAUAUCCAAGAUCAUAUUAUAACCAUGCUCCAGAGUUUGUAUCAUUGUGAGAAGAUUCUUGCCAGAUCUCACUCUAAUUACCUUGCUCAGACGUCUGUCGAACUUACUCAACUGUCGAAUCAAGCAAAUGAUGCGAUAUCCAGACUUACUGUAAUUGCCACUAUACUUGUGCCAAUGAACAUAGUUACUGGUCUAUGGGGAAUGAAUGUGAAAGUACCUGGUCGAGAAGUAGACGACCUCAAGUGGUUUACGGGGAUAGUGUGUUCGCUGUAG